AUGGCUGAUGCCCAAAAGCAGCUCCAAACCCUCAGUGAUGACUAUCAGAGUCUCCAAUUAGGUCGGUGUUCCAACCAGCCCUUUGCCGCCAUCAUCCCCAAACUGAUAACCACCCGGCCAGAACUGCAAGGAGUCGUUGAAGGUCGCGAGAAACUCGAAGCCCAACAACAAGAGAACAAAAGUGUUCAAAAGGAGUUCUCUACCCUCGAUGAAGAUUCAACUGUCUACAAAAUCAUUGGGCCCGUUCUAUUAAAACAAGAUAAAUCCGACGCUGUUAUGGCCGUUGAGGGACGACUGGAUUUCAUCGAGAAGGAAAUCGGCAUCCGCGCCGACCAAAACAGAAAACGCAUCGAGGGACAGAUUGCAGAUCUCCAAGAGAAGAGUGAGAAAAAGAAAGCAGAGGUCAUCCAAUUUCAAACGCAAAUGCAGCAGCAAGCAAGUGCCGCAUCUUCCUGA